AUGUCCAAUCAAAUAUAUUCUGCCAAGUAUUCCGGUGUGGAUGUGUAUGAAUUUAUUCAUCCCACAGGUUCCAUUAUGAAAAGGAAAAAAGAUGACUGGGUUAAUGCAACACAUAUUCUAAAGGCAGCUAACUUUGCAAAAGCGAGAAGAACCAGAAUUCUAGAGAAGGAGGUCCUGAAGGAAACCCAUGAGAAAGUUCAAGGUGGGUUCGGUAAAUAUCAAGGUACUUGGGUACCUUUAAAUUUAGCUGAAAAUCUAGCAAAAAAAUUUAGCGUAUAUGAAGAAUUAAAACCACUUUUUGAUUACAAGCAUGUAGCCGGAAUGGAAUCGCCUCCUCCAGCACCUAAGCAUCACCAUACAUCUAGAGCUGAUUCAAAGAAGAAAGCUACGAAGAGUGCUAGUAUGUCAGCGUUAACAGAUAAGAAAGCCACAAGAACUGCAGUUACUCCUGCUGAUGGAAACCCAGUCGUAACUAGAAGAAGAGGGAGACCUCCCAAAGCAUUGCAAGAGAAGAGGAUACUAGGGACCGGAACUGAUUUACAAAGAGCUCAAAGUGAUAUGGCCUUUUCAAGAACCACAGGUACCGCACCUACAGUUAAACUAAAUGAUAGUUCCUCAACUAGAAUGUUAGCGAUGGACCAAGCAAAAUCAAAUAUUAUUCAAUACAAACCUCAGUUUAAGGAAAUUGAUAUUGACGAUGGAUUAUCAAGUGAUAUAGAACCACAAGGAAACGAACUUGAAGCAAACAAGAAUGGUCAAAAUAUAAAUACAAAUGAUCAGGCAGGUCGUCAUGAACCAUCCCUGUCGGUUGCCUCAUCUCCUUCAUUACCUACUUCUCCAAGUGAUUUUUCCGAUGCAAAUCCAUUCGACCAACAAAGAUUUGGAGAUAUAGGAACAUCACCAAUUGUAUCAUCUAUUCCAAAAUACCCUGUUCAAAUGAGACCACCUAGUACAGACAUAAACGAUAAAGUUAACAAUUAUUUGUCAAAAUUAGUUGAUUAUUUUAUCUCUAACGAAGUACGUCUCAAUAAACCAGUUCCACAAGAACUUUUAACCCCUCCAGCAAAUAGUAGUCCUUAUAUUGAUGCGCCAAUUGACCCUGAACUCCAUACAGCAUUUCAUUGGGCAUGCUCCAUGGGUAACUUAUCGAUCGUGGAGGCGUUAAGUGAUGUUGGAGUCAGUACACGUUCUUUAAACAGUAAAGGUCAAACACCAUUAAUGAGAAGUGCAAUGUUUCAUAAUUCGUACACGAAGAGAACAUUUCCAAGAAUAUUUCAAUUGUUACAUGAAACUGUUUUUGACGUAGAUUCUAAUUCCCAAACAGUAAUUCAUCACAUCAUAAAAAGAAAAUCAACCACGCCAUCCGCUGUAUAUUAUUUGGAAAUUUUAUUAUCUAAAAUAAAGGAUUUCGCACCACAGUAUCGUAUAGAACUGUUGCUAAAUGUACAAGAUAACAAUGGGGAUACAGCCUUACAUAUUGCAGCAAGGAAUAAUGAUAAAACAUUUUUUGAUAUACUUGUUCAAAGUGGUGCCUUAACCACUACUCAAAACAGAGAGGGCCUUACUCCUGAUGCCAUAAUGAAUAUGCACUAUCAGGAACAACUAAAUAUGCUGGAUAAUAAUCAAGUUAGUAAUGUAUCGGCAGUGAGAUCUACUUCAAAUAGAAGUCAUAAUAUUCUUAACUUGGAAGGUGCAAUGAUGUCACCUGGUGAUUUUGUAAUGUAUCCGUCACAGGCUGCCACAAGACUGUCAAGAGGGUUUCCAAAGAUCAUUAAGUCGAUGAAGGAUCUCGCAGAACAGUACAACGAAAAUCAUACUAAUCAAGAUAAAGAAGUUCAGAAUUUGGAAAAAACAUUGGAGUUUAUUAAGACAAACAUCAAAGGAAUAAAUUCUAGAACAAUAGAAAUUUUGAAUAAUGGUGACAAGAAGGAUCAAGGAUAUAAGACCCCAAAUGUUAUAUUGCUCACAAAGCUAAGAGAGAAUGAGAAAUUAAUCUCUGAUAUAAAAAUAAAUAAACAAAAAUUGAGAGAUGACAUGAACAAGAGACAACGUCUUGUUUUGAAUAAGCAUCUGAAGGAUAGUUCAGGAAUAGAUAUACCCAGUGGUAGUGAAAACAGAUUGAAAUUAGCAGUUGAACUAAGUAUAUUACAAGGCAGCAGGAAAAGGAAGAUAGAUCAGAUUAUCAGUAUCGUUGAAGAUAAUUUAAAGAUACACAAAUACAGAAAAAUGAUAAGUGAGGGAACAGAAAUAGCUAUUCCUGACGUAGACAAUUGUCUAGAUGUGAUUCUCCAAACAUUAAGUCGGAGUAAUUCAUGA